AUGAGCCCCAAGCCUCGCGGGUGGAUGUUUGGCUGCAGUGGCAGUGCAGUGGCGUGCAGGUCAAUGAGCCCCAAGCCUCGCGGGUGGAUGUUUGGCUGCAGUGGCAGUGCAGUGGCGUGCAGGUCAAUGAGCCCCAAGCCUCGCGGGUGGAUGUUUGGCUGCAGUGGCAGUGCAGUGGCGUGCAGGUCAAUGAGCCCCAAGCCUCGCGGGUGGAUGUUUGGCUGCAGUGGCAGUGCAGUGGCGUGCAGGUCAAUGAGCCCCAAGCCUCGCGGGUGGAUGUUUGGCUGCAGUGGCAGUGCAGUGGCGUGCAGGUCAAUGAGCCCCAAGCCUCGCGGGUGGAUGUUUGGCUGCAGUGGCAGUGCAGUGGCGUGCAGGUCAAUGAGCCCCAAGCCUCGCGGGUGGAUGUUUGGCUGCAGUGGCAGUGCAGUGGCGUGCAGGUCAAUGAGCCCCAAGCCUCGCGGGUGGAUGUUUGGCUGCAGUGGCAGUGCAGUGGCGUGCAGGUCAAUGAGCCCCAAGCCUCGCGGGUGGAUGUUUGGCUGCAGUGGCAGUGCAGUGGCGUGCAGGUCAAUGAGCCCCAAGCCUCGCGGGUGGAUGUUUGGCUGCAGUGGCAGUGCAGUGGCGUGCAGGUCAAUGAGCCCCAAGCCUCGCGGGUGGAUGUUUGGCUGCAGUGGCAGUGCAGUGGCGUGCAGGUCAAUGAGCCCCAAGCCUCGCGGGUGGAUGUUUGGCUGCAGUGGCAGUGCAGUGGCGUGCAGGUCAAUGAGCCCCAAGCCUCGCGGGUGGAUGUUUGGCUGCAGUGGCAGUGCAGUGGCGUGCAGGUCAAUGAGCCCCAAGCCUCGCGGGUGGAUGUUUGGCGGCAGUGGCAGUGGCAGUGGCUUGGCUGUCGAGUCUGGGCCAAGACGACUAGGCACGUCCUGA